AUGACAGCAGAACAACCAGUCACAAGGAGAAACUUGAGGAAGAGAGGGCCUUGUUUGACAAGGCGGAUAUCCAAAUCGUUUGAUGAUGGCAUCUUUGUUUUAUUUACAGGUAUUAACCGCAACUCGCAGAAAAUCAGCAAGUUAAAGCUUGACGCUGAGGAAUGGCAGAACAAGCACGAUGAUGCUGCGGACAAGAUCAAGAAGCUGGAGCAGGAGCAAUUGGAGAAGGACAACCAGAUCCAGGCCCUGACCCGCAAGAACGAGGUUUUGGAGGAGAACUUGGAGAAAUUGGAGGCUGAGGUUUCUAGCCACAAAGCCACCGCCGAGGAGGCCACCAAUCUCAAAACCUCUAACGAUAACUACACCAGAAAGCACCAGGCGCUGGAGGAGGAGUUGGAGGCUUCUGACAGAGAAUUGAAGGAGACUACUGCUAAGCUCAGAGAGACCGAUGUUAAGGCAGAGACCCUUGAGAAGAAGGUGACUUCUCUUGAGGCUGAGAAGGAGGAUCUCGAGACCAAGCUUGAGGAUCUGACCGCCAAGUACAAUGCGGCCAAGGCUGAGCUCGAAGAGAUCUCUGCACAACUUGAGGCGUUUUAA